AUGUCAGAUUAAGAUGAAAAAUAUGAUUUAAUUGAAAAUUUUUAAAAACUAAGUCAAACCUAAAGUAAUGAACAAAAUAGAAUUUAAGAUAUUACAGAUUAAUUCAACAAAGUAAAUAUUUAAAGCGAUCCAUAAAAAAAUUAAAGCUCACAUAAAACUUCUGAAUUCUUUUAAAAUCCUUUAAAUUAACUUGAUAGUAGUUCUAUUCAAUCCAACAUUAUAUAAGUUGAUAAAAGAUACUUAUUUCCAGAACAUACAAAUAUUGUCACUUAUUUAUCUGAAAAUACCAAGUUUAUAAAAGAAAAAUAUGUUGAACACUGUAUGGAUAAUUUAUAAUCCAUUUAAGAAUUUGUCGAGAAUCAUAGAUAAAAUAAGAAAAAACAAUAAAGUAAUUUUACAAAAAAAAAGGAUGAUAAUAGCAAUUAAAAAAUUACUAAUAUACAAAUAACUGAAUUUAAUUAACAAACUUCUCAAAAUGUUACGCAGCCUGAUUUUUAAGAAAUGAGUCAUUAAUAAAAUUCAAUUAAUAAAAAUAAACCUAAUAUCAUCAAAUUUAAAGAGGAUCCUUUAUUUUAAUAAAAGUUUACUGUAACAUAAAAAAUAUUAUAAACUUUAUCAAAAUUUGAUAUAUAAUCGUCAACAAAAAAAGUUUCCUUCCUUGAGGAUGCCUUGAUAAUUUGUUUAGUAUUUUAGAAAUUAUAAGAUGAAAACAAUAGAUCAUAAGACUAAUAUAUUUAUAUUUAAUAACAACAUAAUUAUUAAAGAUCAUUUUCAGCUUUUGCAACUAGGUAAUAUUCGUGACUAUUUUAGAAUCAAAGUAGUGCGUAAUUUAUAUCAUGAGUGGACUUUAGAAAAUCUAGAGUAUAUAUUAAGAGUACUUAGAGAAUUACCUAAAAAAACCCUUCAAGAUUACACUUUAAUUUAAUAGAAUUCUAUCAAGCUACCUAAAAUAAAAUGA